GUGGAUUCAUUUUUAUUUAAAAACAAAUUUUGACUUUGACAGCGAGCCCGACACAUGGCAUCAUUUUGCUCUCUCUGUCUUUCUUCCGGCUGCCAACACAAGGCAAGAUGAGAUCCGUCACAUUGAAAGAUGUUGAACAAGACAAGGUCGUCAAGACCGUUGCCUUCCAUCUCAAAAAGAUUGGCAAGGUUAAACUGCCCGAACACAUGGACCUGGUGAAGACUGGUCGUUUCAAAGAGCUGGCUCCCUACGACCCCGACUGGUUCUACGUGCGUUGCGCUGCUGUACUCAGACACAUCUACAUCAGAUCACCGGUUGGUGUGAAGACCGUCACAAAGAUCUUUGGUGGUCGCAAACGCAACGGUGUCACCCCCUCACACUUCUGCAGAUCAUCAGGCAGCAUCGCGCGCAAGGCCCUCCAGGCUCUCGAAGCUCUCAAGCUUGUUGAGAAGAUCCCAGAUGGUGGUCGCAUCCUCACUGUUCAAGGGAGACGUGACCUCGACAGAAUCGCCGCACAGGUCAGAGUGAAGGCCAAACAACAGGCUAAACAACAAGUUAUUGUCCUUUUUAAUCAAAUUCUUUUCGUGGUCGGACGAUACAUAAUUAUUAGUGAUGACAAAAUGUUUGGGGUGUUAGGACGUUAUGUUAGUGUUAUAACAAUACUUUAUAUAUUUUCUAGUGCUGUGAGUUGUGAUUAUGUUCCGUCAGGAAACACAUUGUACGUGGCAGAAGACCCGCAUACCUCUCGUAAAUUUACUGUAAUAAAUAGAAACGACGAAAAAGCGGAUAGCAAUGUGCAUGAAAGAAAUAAACGAGAUGCAACCUUAACUCCACCGCCUUUGGAAAAAAAUAUUAGUACAUGGACAACUCACCUCAAUGAUAGUCACCAGCAGCUAAUGGUGCAUUGGGUUGGUGAAGGCUCUAAUGUGAUCAUUUGCCUGGCAAGGGACUCCAGCCCUAGGAAUAAGGGUUCAAUUUCUCCAUCAGCCCUGUAUAUCUCAUAUGACUAUGGCAAGAACUUCACAAACAAGACUGAAAGUUUCAGACUUGGAGAUGAGCCUGACAGUGGCUAUGCACAACUUGAUAAAUUCUUCAAUCAUCCAAAGUACCCAGAAUUUUGCGUCUUCAUUGAUUCAACAAACAAGAAGUUGUACACAACCAAUGACAAUGGGCACACCAUUCAUAGGACGGACCUGACCUUCAAUCCCAACGAAUUGGUCUUUGAUGAAGAGUUUCCUGUCAGAUUUGUUAUAUUGGACAAAACUAGCCAGAAUAGAAAUCUAUAUCUAACAGUGGACGGCGGCAAGACGUUCAAACAAAUUCAGAGUUUCGUGAAGACGUUCUUCUGGCCGUCUGGCCCGGAGAUGCCCAAAGUGUUCUACGUGGAACGUAUGAAGCCACGAAGCAGCAGCACUGUGCUCAAGGUCAACGACCCCUCAGACAUGAGACACGCUGAAGUACUCUUCGCGGAUGCUAAGGACUUCCAGAUAAAGGGCGACUACAUGUUCGCGACUAGACAGUCGGACGAUAAGAACAAUGUGGAUCUAUACAUUUCCUACCAAAGAGGUCCAUUCUACAGAGCAGAUUUCCAAACCGAGCUGGAUCUCAAGAAGUUCCACAUCGCAGACGUGACGGACAAACGUAUAUUCGUCUCUGUCAUGCACACUGAGAGCGUGACUAACUUAUACGUUUCGGAAAUAAGCAGGAACUUCACGAAAUACAACUUUGUGCUGAGUCUCAAACAGAUUUUGUGCUAUUUCCCUGAAGGCAACUGGAAGCAUAGUUGGCUUGAGGACGUAACAGAAGAUCCAUUCACGGACCUAUAUCGCGUAGAGGGCCUUAAAGGGAUAUACAUUGCGUCUAAAGUGAAUUCCAAAUCAUUGGUUGAGAGUGUGGAACCCGAACACUUAAUAUCUCUGAUCACGUUUGACCACGGUGUCACGUGGUCACCUAUCACACCGCCAGCUGAAGAUGAGAACGGUAAACCUCUCAAUUGCCACAUUGAGAACUCGUGCAGUCUACACUUAUGUCAGAAAUUCAGUCAACUGUAUCCAGUUACAAGCCCACCCGGAAAUAUCAUAAAUAAUGAUAUGAGAUCCGCCAGCAUAAUGAGCUCUAAAUCGGCUCCCGGCAUUAUAAUGGCAACAGGAGUUAUUGGAAAAUCACUUAAAGGUAUUCCUGGAGUAUAUAUAAGUCGAGACGCUGGUCUUACAUGGAAAAGGAUUCUGAAGGACUAUUAUUUCUUUAACUACGGUGACCACGGAGGUGUAUUGGUAGCCGUAAAAUACUUUAAAUCAAGAGGCGAAACUAGACGCAUAUUGUAUUCAACAAAUGAAGGUCUGGAGUGGAAUUCUUAUCAGUUCAAUGCAGACGACCUACGCAUUUAUGGGCUUAUGACGGAGCCGGGAGAGAACACAACGACGUUUACGAUGUUCGGGUCAGCGAAUGAGCAACACCAAUGGAUAAUUAUCACUAUCGACUUGUUCAAUACAUUUUCACGCAAUUGCACAGAUGAUGAUUACAAGUUUUGGUCUCCUUUACUUCCAAAUUCAACAGUAUCUUGCGUUCUCGGGAAGAGGGACAUUUUCCACCGACGUAUACCCCAUACUAACUGUUACAACGGCGUUGGAUAUGUCCGACCGGUUAAAAAGCAAAUUUGCGAAUGUGGCCGCAGAGAUUAUGAAUGUGAUUUUGGAUUUGCCCUUUCCAGUAAUGUUUGCGUACGAAAUCGGUCCACACGUUACAGUAACUACGAUCCUUAUGCUGUUCCAUCUGAUUGUCAGCCCGGGCACUUCUAUAAACGCACAAAAGGUUACAAAAAAAUUGACGGUGACGUUUGUAUAACACCCUUCUACUCACCCUACGAACCAGACAUGAUACCUUGUCCUUUAGAAGAACCUACAGAAUUUAUAUUAGUCGCUUUGAGAGAAAAAAUUGCGCGUAUAGACCUAUCCGACAAUUCUACAAUUAUUCCCGUAAAAGGUCAAAAGAAUAUUGUAGCCAUUGAGUUUGAUAUGAAAAACAACUGCAUUUAUUGGGCUGAUAUUGAAGAUGAUAAAAUUAGCCGGCAGUGUUUCGAUAAUGGUGACACCCAAGAAGUAAUAGUGGACACUGAUUUAGCAAGCAUAGAAGGAAUGGCGUUAGACUGGAUAUCUAAUGUAUUGUUCUUUGUGGAUGGUUCUAGAAAGAAAAUAGAAGCGGUCAGAACAGAUCUCACUAGCAUGGGUAGAAUGAGAACUACAAUUUUGGACUCAAAGGUAUUGUCAAAACCAAGAGGUAUUGCUGUACAUCCCAAAGCAGGCUAUCUCUUCUGGACUGAUUGGGACAGGAAAAACCCGUCAGUUUCAAGAUCAAACCUCGACGGUACAAAUGUUAAGAAACUGUUCACACAUCCCGUAGUACAAUGGCCUAAUGGAAUAACAAUUGAUCAGAUGGCCGAGAGAAUAUACUGGGUAGAUGCUAUGGAAGAUUAUAUAGCGAGUGCUGAUCUAAACGGACAGUACAUAAAAAGGAUAUUGUGGCAUGAUGAAAAAGUUUUCCAUCCAUUUGCGGUCGCUGUUUUGAAAGACAAAAUGUACUGGGAUGAUUGGAAAGCGAAAUCUAUAUUUAUAGCUGAUAAAGACACUGGAGCCAACGUGAUUACGAUCAACAAUUCCUUUAGCGGUCUGAUGGAUUUGAAAGUUUUCGCACAUUUCAUGCAGCAUGGAAGCAACGCUUGUUCUUACAAAAAUACAAGUUGUGAUACUCUUUGCUUGGGUGGCCCAGGACAUACGUUCAGUUGUUUGUGUCCAGAUGGAUUUAAGAGAAUUAAUGGAAAAUGUAUGUGUCCCAAUGGAAUGGAACCGGCGCCGAAUAUGACCUGUCCAAUGAAGGCUGGAACUUGCGGACCAGACCAGUUCACGUGCAAGAACGGCAUGUGCAUCACGAGCACGUGGCACUGCGACGGCAACGAUGACUGCGGCGAUAUGUCCGACGAGAGCGGUUGCGUGUGCGCACCUCCAAUGGUCGCGUGCUCUGACGGCAGUUGUUAUAUGCCACAGUGGCGAUGUGAUGGUGAUAUCGACUGUCCCGACAUGAGCGAUGAGAAAGAUUGCGUGAAACAAAACUGCACCGAAACACAGUUUCAAUGUCAAAACGGACAAUGUAUAGAAAAGAGAUGGUUGUGUGAUGGAGACAACGACUGCAAGGAUGGAUCAGAUGAGCGUAAUUGCACGCAAACGCCCCCCAAACGUCCGGAUAGUCUCACGUGCAGUGUAAACGUGUUCGCAUGCGGCAACGACUCGCACGCCCUCUGCAUCCCCACGUCGUGGGUGUGCGACGGUGAGCUCGACUGCCCCUCGGGGGAGGACGAGACGGAUGAGAAAUGUAGACAGUCUACGUGCGGCCCGUAUAUGUUCAGGUGUCCGACUGGAAAGUGUAUAUAUAGCUCGUGGGUGUGCGACGGUGAAAACGACUGCAGCGACGACGAAGCGUUCGACGAGAAAAAUUGCACGAACACAUCGGGUAACACCAAGUUAAUACCUAGACCGAACACAGACAAACCAGAUUUCCCCACAAACGGCUCUUGCCUUGACUGGAUGUUCAAGUGUGAUAAUGGAAACUGUUUGCCGUAUUGGUGGAGAUGUGACGGGAUCAACGAUUGUGGAGAUAAUUCGGAUGAAGCUGCAUGCGGCUUUAUAGUGCCAGACACGAGUGCUGUCAGUCCGGAACACGAUGCUACUAAACAGAAGUGCGGGAAGAACCAGUUUACGUGCUCACCGGGCGUAUGCAUACCUUUAUCAUGGGUGUGCGAUACAGCAAAUGACUGCGCGGACGGUGCGGACGAGCGUGGUUGUGCCGGCGCACACACACACGGCAGCGGCACGCACACACCCGCAACUCCCGCGUGUGACGCAGACAGUACUCCGUGUAACGAUGGGCGCGGCUGUGUGCGUGUGGAUAAACUGUGUGAUAAAGUACUGGAUUGUGCUGAUAGGAGCGACGAGAUAUAUUGCAUUGAGGGUCUGCCACGCUCUGGAAACUGCUCAUCGAAAUUCUUCGAUUGCGAUGACGGCACCAAAUGUCUAUGGCCGUCCAUGCUGUGUAACGGACGAAGGGAUUGUUACGACGGGACGGAUGAACAGAACUGUUCCAGCGCUAAUGGACAGAACAAUAAUAUGUUUAAGUUCCUCAGCAUAGGAGUGGACCAAUCGUCAAUAACCGCGACGAGUUUCCUGAUAUCGUGCUGGAUGGCUCAGCAGAACACGGUUAUGUAUAAUUUCCUGCCAUCUAUAACCAAAGCCGGCGAAAAUAAUUGGAAGAAUAUGACUUGGAUCAAUGAUAGUGUUUAUAGGUUUACUAAUUUAGAACCAUACACGAACUACAAUGUUACAUUUUACAUACGGAAUAGCGAGUCCAACAAAACGUACGCUUCAUAUGAAUACGUCAAUACUACAACUGGUGAAGGAGUACCAUCGGCACCGCGUCGCCUAACAGUACGUCAAAUGGUCGGCAGUCGAGUGAACUUAGUAUGGGACCCGCCCCUUACCCCCCGGGGAGUUAUCACACACUACUCCGUAUACUAUGUGCCCCCACUACCCCCUAUAAUGAAAGUGGUACCUGCUACUGAACCGAAUGCUACCGUUAGCUACGUGCUUAAUGCGUACUUCAAGCCGGGAACUAAUUAUUCAUUCUGGGUGACAGCAUCAAAUUCCGCCUACUCCUCAAACUCGACGGACAUAUCCUACCUAAUGUUCGAUGACGUCGGCGACGUGGAUGAGAUAGUUAACGUUAGUUUAGCGCGAAUCAACGAUACAGCUGUAUCCCUUGAAUGGCAUAAGUUGAGAGGCGUCGAGGGAUAUAUUGUGGAAACUACAUUGCCGUGGAAUUACGCUAAGCCCGAGGUUAUCAAGACGAAGUUGAAUAACGUUACGCUAACAAACCUCCCGCCCGGCGUCCAAAUAUACGUAGACAUAAAAGCAUACAAGGACCAAAUUAUCGGCGAACCGUUUACCAUACCGAUACCAAAGAGAGGUAUACCAGACGAAACGAUAAACGUCACAGCGGUAUUAUUGAAGGAAAAGGGUACAUCGGUACAGUUGAGCUGGUCCCCGCCGGUCUCUGAACGGUAUAAGGACAAGGAACUUGAGUAUCAAGUGCUGUAUACGAAUAUUGCUAACUUCAGGAUGCAUCCGAGGGAGUUGACACAAGAUAAAAAGAUAAUAUACACGAAGAACACUGGCGCAGUGAUCGACGGCCUGAACGCGUGCGAAAGUUACUUGUUCACUGUGGGCCUGCGGAAUGGACCUCUGGCGUCUGUUAAAGAGAUUAUUACAAGGGAAAAUGAGAAAGCACCUGUUAAAGACCUACACUUUGAAUAUGAUGAAAAGAAGAAGGAGUUGCAAAUACACUGGAAGGCCAACUGUGACGUCAUACGUGAGCCUGUCGCAUACAGGAUGGAUAUAACAGAACAAACGCGCAAUGUAACGAGUCGGUAUGAACUGAAGCCGAGCAGCAAUGUAACACUCGUGCAUACGAUGUACAACGUGCCAGUUGGCGGCAGAUAUUAUAUUUGUUUACGAACGGCAGCAAAGAACUCGACGCCACACUGCGGGCACGCACGCAGCGGUAUCAUUCAGCCGCCGCACGCGGUCGUAGCGUGGCUCUCACCGAGCGGCCAUAUUAUGUUGAGUUGGGAUCAUCCGCAACACAAUGAUACGAAUAAGCACAAGUACCAAGUCAUAGUGUCAGAAAAGGAGAUCCCCGAAGACCUUCUGAUCCCCACGCCAGAUAUGACCACAGCGGAGACGGAAUUCUCGCCUCUACUAAUGAAUGUGCCGAUAGUGGGCACGGGGCCGAUGUACGUGAGCGUGCGGGCUGUGACAGACGACGGGUAUUAUAGCGAUCUCAGCGAGGUGCAGACUUUGGAAAUGUUGGGUGCAGCGGCAGAGGACGCGUCGAGUGCAGCGGGCGCAGUGUGGUGGGGCGCGGGGGCCGCAGCGCUGGCGGCGGUGGCGCUGGGCGGCGCGCUGCUGCACGCGGCGCUCCGGCACCGCCGCCUCCACCGCUCCUUCCUGCGCCUCGCCGCCACGCCGCGCUACGACAGCCGCCGCGGACAGGCCACCAUCGACCACGAAGAUGACGACGUACCGCCAAUCCACGGUUUCUCGGACGACGAGCCUCUCGUUAUCGCGUGAACCUUUCUAAUGUGAUUUUAUUGUGAUCUUGUCAUUUUAUUACACUACCCGCAUCGUGAUUAUUGAAAAUGUAAAAAAAAAACAAAAUUACUUAUAAAUAUUUUUUAUCUGUUUUAAAGCUGAUCAUCGUUUGUCCCUUUCACUCUAAGAUUAUUUAAUGUACAAAUGGGAUAUAAUAAAUUGGAUUUGAAGCAGAUGAAAAAGGUUUAUAAACAAAACCUUAUCUUUAGUGAUUAAAAUAUGUAUUAUAUUCCAAAACAAUAAAAUAUAGUUAAAAUAUAAUAACAAAUAAAAUAUCUGUGGGUAGUGUGAAGUUAAUUAAAUUAGAAGUUUUUUUUUCGUUUAAUAUCUAUGUCACAUGCAUUUGCCAGUUUUUGUUAGAAAAAUAACCAGUAUGAAACACUUAAAGUAUUAUUAUUUUAUUACCCUAGUUUGUUAACGCUAGUGGGAUAUAAAUGAAUAAGUUCUUAUGACUAUCGUAGAAGAAAUAGAAAGAAUUUAAUUUAGUACAAUUAGUGAUUUGUCGUAUUUUUUUAUUAAUUCGUGUUUAUGUAAACGUUACGCGGGCUGUAAUUGUUAGAAGACUUUUAUGUUCUUUGUAUUUUAAGUUGUAUUCAUUAAAAAAUAUUUAAGUUUUUACAGUUUAAUAGAACAUUGACUCAAGUUCGACACCAAAGAUUUCAUACAAGUUAGAUUUUAAUAUAUGUAUUCAUAGUCAAUACGUAUAUAAAUAUAGUGUAUAUUUUUGGUGAUCUUUAUAAAUAAAAUCUUUGUGUUGAACACAGAGGGCGCUGAAUAUAUUUUCUUAGUGUUUUUCAUUUAAAUUCAAUGUUUUUUUGCCUGGAUAGUAAUAGUUUUUUAAAGCGCUCUAGGGUUGUCAUAAAACGUGGUAGCUCAGAUCUCGACAUUCCCUAAGUUUGUGAAUUUAUUAUUUAGUUCCUAUAGGUGACAAUUGCCUCUUAGCGUUCUUAUGACUUUAUUUAUUUGGAUAUAAAUAUAAUAAAUAGCAAAAUUCGUAGGUAAUGUAAGUUUUGUAUGGAUAUCGUAGACGUUGCUCAUAAAUUGAAAGGAAUAUCUUUGAAUAAAAAUAAAUCAUCUGAAAAA